CCCGCCCCGCCCGGCGCGGCCCGGCCCGGCCCCGCCCCUGCGCAGGGGCAGCGGCUGCCACUGCCGCCUGUGCCGCCGGGAGACACCUCGCCCGCCCGCUCGGGCCCCGGGCCGCCGCCGCCCCGUCAUGUCCGAGGCGGGCCAGGAGCUUGUCCACCUGGUGUGGGGCAAGAAGGCCGGGCCCCGCGGACUGGCCGACACCAUCUUCUGCCGCUGGGCGCAAGGAAGCAAUUUUGAAAAAUAGGGCAGGGUUAAGCUGAGACAGUUCAUCCUGUCUAAAAGAAGCCUGAAGAAUGUGAAACAAAUUCAAGAUUUCUUAAGUGUGGUUUAAUGGUACCAUAUCCAAGAUUUGUCUUUAGUGAAUCUGAAUCAACUGCAUUAGAACAAUUUGAAGGUGGCCCUUGUGCAGUGAUUGCACCUGUACAGGCAUUCCUUUUGAAGAGGCUUUUUACCAGUGAAAAGUCUACUUGGAGAGACUGUCCAGAAGAGGAGCAGAAGAACCUUCUCUGUCACACAUUAUGUGAUAUUUUGGAGAUGGCUUGCUCAGAUAAUUCUGAGUCGUACUCUCUGGCAACGUGGAUAAGAGGAAAAACAACUGAAGAAACCGCUAGUAUUUCUGAAGGUCCUGCAGAAUCUAGUCGUCAAGAGGAACAACCUUCUGCCUUGGCUGUCGAAGAGCUUGGCUUUGAGCGAUUUCAUGCAUUAAUUCACAAACGAGCAUUCAAAAGCUUCCCUGAACUGAAGGAUGCAGUUUGGGAUCAAUAUUCAGUGUGGACAAACAGAUUUGGAGUAUUGCUCUUUCUGUAUUCUGUAAUACUGACAAAGGGUAUUGAAAACAUAAAAAAUGAAAUUGAAGAUGCAACUGAGCCAUUGAUAGAUCCUGUUUACGGUCAUGGAAGCCAAAGUUUGAUUAACCUCCUGUUGACGGGGCAUGCUGUUUCUAAUGUGUGGGAUGGAGACAGAGAAUGUUCAGGAAUGAAACUUCUUGGUAUACAUAAACAGGCAACAGUAGGCUUUUUGACAUUGAUGGAAUCUCUGAGAUAUUGUAAGGUUGGCUCCUAUUUAAAAUCUCCAAAAUUUCCCAUUUGGAUACUUGGCAGUGAAACACACCUCACAGUCUUUUUCGCCAAGGAUAUGGCCCUUGUUGCUCCCGAAGCACCUUCAGAACAAGCUAGAAGGGUUUUCCAGACAUAUGAUCCUGAGGAUAAUGGUUUUAUACCUGACACUCUGCUAGAAGAUGUAAUGAAGGCUCUGGACCUUGUUUCAGAUCCUGAAUAUGUAAACCUCAUGAAGACCAAAUUAGACCCAGAAGGACUGGGCAUCAUAUUACUGGGUCCCUUUCUGCAAGAAUUUUUCCCUGAGCAGGACUCUAGGGUUUCAGAGUCAUUCACUGUUUACCAUUACAAUGGACUGAAGCAAUCUAACUAUAAUGAAAAGGUCAUGUACGUAGAAGGCACAGCAGUUGUUAUGGGUUUUGAAGAACCAAUGCUACAGACGGACGACACUCCUGUAAAACGCUGCUUGCAAACCAAAUGGCCAUAUAUAGAAUUACUCUGGACCACAGAUCGAUCUCCUUCUUUAAACUGAUACAUUGCACAUAAACAACGUGCUAGUAUCAAAUGCUUGAAUGGGGAUACAAGAAUUGGUAUUUGCUUGGAAAGUGGUAUGCUUUGACUGUGUGGAGUCAUACACUGGUAUCAUUGACAAAUUGUAAAUAGUGAUUACAAACACUUUUUCAGUGUUAAUUGGAAUAUUUAAUUUUUUAAUCAGAUUGAUUUCUAUUAUAAUAGUUUGUCUCUUUUGGCCACUGUAGUACUGUUAAUGUGAGUUAUCCUAAAAAAAAAAGAGCCUACUUAUAAAGUCUUAACAUUAUUUUGCCAUCUCAUGAAGAUUUGCAAAAUGUCUGAUAUUGCAGAAUCUGCAUAUUAGAUGUCAGAUCUUUAAAACAUAAAACAUAUUCAGCCUCCUGAAUCAUACAGGCAUGUUUUAUUAUUUAAAUUGUAUUGGCUUACAUUACAGUACCAUAAUGUGUGGACUAGACUGGCCAUUGCACUGGAUAUGUUUUGAGUUUAAAUUUUCUGCAGUUUUUCCUAAAACCUGAUUUUACCUAAAGAGCUUGCACAAUGUGACAUAAAUAUGAUACAUUUUUAGGAAUAUUAAUAAUUCUAAUUCAUAAAUACUCUUUCUUGGCAGUUGUAUAUUACUGUGGCUUAGUUAUCGGGCAUGUUAAAGUGAACACAAAAUCUGAAUAAAAACAGAUGUAUUAAUAUUUAUUUGAAUUUGUAUAAAAGAAAUGUAAAAACGUCAGAAGGAAUUUCUUGUUCUAUAAUCUCUAACCUAUUCAAACUUAUAAUAUUGCCAAAUACCUCUUCUCAAUUUGUCCAAACAGCAUUGUAAGCCAGCGUUAUUGUAUGUGUUAAGUGCAUGAGAACAUCUGUUAUGACAUUAUUAUAUCCUUUAUUUAUUAUCAACUUGUUAGCCCUAAAAUAAAAUCUUUUCCUUGAA